AUGGAAGCUCAGCCUGUUUUUCUCAUCCUCUUUGGCGUCAUUUCCAUUGCCGUUCUGGUUCAUGGCCAAGACCAAGCAGGUUUCAUCAGCGUCGAUUGUGGCUCACCCCCUAAUAUAAACUAUAUAGACACUGAUACUGGUAUCAGUUACACAUGGGAUGCACCUUUCAUAGACACUGGAGUAAAUGUGAACGUUUCUGAAGAAUAUGGUUACCCGAAAAACCCAGUUUUGCCCUUCCCGCUUGCUGAUGUCAGAUCUUUCCCUCAAGGAAACAGGAACUGUUACUCGUUAAUCCCUUCCGAUGGAAAAGGGAAUCUUUAUCUCAUCAGAGCUACGUUUAUGUACGGAAACUACGACGGUAAAAACGCUUUGCCUGAGUUUGAUCUCUAUGUAAACGUGAAUUUCUGGUCCUCGGUGAAAUUCAGAAAUGCUUCUGAGAACGUCAUCAAGGAGACCCUCAGCUUUGCAGAGUCAGAGACAAUACAUGUUUGCCUUGUGAACAAAGGUAAAGGAACUCCUUUCAUUUCAGCCUUGGAGCUCCGGCCAAUGAACAGCUCAAUCUACGGUACUGAAUUUGGAAGAAAUGUCUCAUUGGUACUCUAUCAAAGAUGGGACACUGGAUAUUUGAAUGGAACAGGACGAUACAAAAAAGAUGUAUAUGAUCGUAUUUGGUCUCCGUACACUCCAGUCUCUUGGAAUUCAACCACGACAACUGGGUAUAUUGAUAUUUUUCAAAGCGGUUAUAGGCCACCAGAUGAAGUUAUUAAGUCAGCUGCUUCACCGAAAAGCGAUGAUGAACCAUUGGAAUUGUCCUGGACAUCAGACGCUCCAAAUGCUCGGUUCUAUGCCUACCUUUAUUUUGCAGAACUCGAACAUGUCAAGAGGAAUGAGAGCAGAAAAAUGAAGAUAUUCUGGAACGGGUCGCCUGUUUCAGGAACGUUCAUCCCUUCUCCCGAGUUGUCAGUGACAGUGUCUAAUUCGCGAGCUUUCACCGGUAAAGAUCACUGGAUUUCCGUCCAGAAGACCUCAGAUUCAACACUUCCACCAAUACUUAAUGCUAUCGAGAUUUUUACGGCACAAUCUCUAGAUGAAGUUUCCACCACAAUUGAAGAUGUUCGCGCCAUAGAAAGCAUAAAAUCAACGUAUAAAGUGCAAAAGAUUUGGACUGGUGAUCCUUGCUCCCCAAGACUAUUCCCUUGGGAAGGUAUUGUAUGCAAUUACAACAAUUCUAAUCACUAUAUCAAGUCCAUUAAUCUUAGCUCAAGCGGGUUACACGGACCAAUAGCCUUUGCAUUUAGAAACCUCUCCCUUCUUGAGUCAUUGGAUUUAUCAAACAACAACCUAAAAGGAAAUGUGCCAGAGUUUUUGGCUGAUCUAAAACAACUGAAGUUCCUGAGUUUGAAAGGAAAUAAUUUGACAGGGUUUAUCCCAAAAGCUCUUAGAAAAAGAGCAAUGGGUGGUGCACUUGCACUGAGUGUGGAUGAACAAAACAUAUGUCAUUCGCGUUCAUGUCGGGACGGGAACAAAAUCGUUGUGCCAUUAGUUGUAUCCUCAUUAGUGAUCCUUCUCAUUGCUGCCUUGGUUAUCAUUUGCAUCAUUCGAAGGGAAAGAAAAAUAAGAGCCUAUUCAGGACCACUUCUGCCAUCAGGGAAGAGAAGGUUCACGUAUAGUGAAGUCUCUAGUAUUACAAACAACUUCAAUAAAGUGAUCGGUAAAGGAGGGUAUGGUAUUGUGUACCUCGGUUCCCUCGAAGACGGGACUGAAAUUGCUGUAAAGAUGAUCAACGAUUCUUCAUUUGAUAAACCUAAAGGAUCAUCAUCAUCAUCCAAAGUUUCCAAAGAAUUCCAAGUUGAGGCGGAGCUUCUUUUGACAGUCCAUCACCGGAACUUAGCUUCGUUUGUUGGAUACUGCGAUGAUGGUCGCAGUAUGGCUCUCAUCUACGAGUACAUGGCCAAUGGCAACUUGCAGGAUUACCUUUCAAGUGAUAAUGCAGAGGACCUUAGCUGGGAAAAGAGACUCCACAUAGCCAUAGACUCUGCACAAGGAUUGGAGUAUUUGCACCAUGGAUGCAGGCCACCAAUAAUACACAGAGACGUCAAAACAGCAAACAUUCUAUUGAACGAUAACUUGGAAGCUAAGAUUGCUGAUUUCGGUCUUUCCAAGGUCUUCCCUGAAGACGAUCUCAGCCAUGUCAUGACUGCCGUCAUGGGCACUCCCGGCUACGUCGAUCCCGAGUACUACAACACGUUUAAGCUAAACGAGAAGAGCGACGUAUACAGUUUCGGGAUUGUUCUCCUCGAAAUCAUAACCGGCAGGAGAUCAAUCAUGAAAACCGACGAUGGAGACAAAAUGAACGUCGUCCACUUCGUCGAGCCUUUCCUCGAAAUUGGAGACAUAGACGGUGUCGUGGACUCACGGCUAAACGGCGAGUUCUCCUCGAACUCUGCUUGGAAAUAUGUAGAAGUCGCAAUGUCAUGCGUCAAAGACAGAGGAACCAACAGACCAUCAACGAACCAGAUCGUGUCUGAUCUGAAACAGUGCUUAGCCGCUGAGCUAGCUCGUGAGAAGAAGACACAGAGCAAUCAUGAGAAGAAGGAAGUAGUGAAAGAGAAAUACACGAAGCCUCCGGUUCAGAAUUAUAACAGCAAUGAAUAUAAUAGCUCGUCUGGAUCGGUUUCGCUUACUUUUGGAGAAUACAACGCGUUUGGCCCAACUGCAAGGUAG